CUACAUCAAUGGCAAAUCCUAAGGUCUUCUUCGACAUGACGAUCGGCGGCCAAUCGGCUGGCAGGAUCGUGAUGGAGCUCUUCUCAGAUUGCACUCCCCUCACAGCGGAGAAUUUCCGUGCCCUUUGCACCGGCGAGAAAGGCGUCGGGCGUAGUGGAAAACCUCUCCACUACAAAGGCUCGACCUUCCACCGCGUAAUCCCCAACUUCAUGUGCCAAGGAGGCGAUUUCACCGCCGGAAAUGGCACCGGAGGCGAAUCCAUAUACGGAGCCAAGUUUGAAGACGAGAACUUCAUCAAGAAACACACCGGACCUGGGAUCCUCUCGAUGGCCAACGCGGGACCGGGAACGAACGGGUCUCAGUUCUUCAUUUGCACAACCAAGACGGAGUGGCUGGAUGGAAAGCACGUGGUGUUUGGACGAGUUGCUGAAGGCAUGGACGUGGUUCGUGCCAUCGAGAAGGUCGGGUCCAGCGGUGGAAGGACUUCCAAGCCUGUUGUUAUUGCUGAUUGUGGACAGCUUUAAAA